AUGGCUGAGCAUCUUGCGUCCAUCUUUGGCACGGAGAAGGACCGCGUGAACUGCCCCUUCUACUUCAAGAUCGGCGCGUGCCGCCACGGCGACCGGUGCUCGCGCCUGCACAACAAGCCGUCCAUCUACCCGACGCUGCUGCUGUGCAACAUGUACCAGCGGCCGGACAUGAUCACCCCGGGCGUGGACGCGCAGGGCAACCCUAUCGACCCGGAGCGGAUCCAGGAGUACUUCGAGGACUUCUACGAGGACAUCUUCGAGGAACUGAGCAAGCACGGCGAGAUCGAGAGCCUCCACGUGUGCGACAACCUCGCGGACCACAUGAUCGGGAACGUGUACGUGCAGUUCCGCGAGGAGGAGCAGGCGGCCCGCGCCCUGCAGGCGCUGCAGGGCAGCUACUACUCGGGCCGCCCCAUCAUCGCCGAGUUCUCGCCGGUGACGGACUUCCGGGAGGCCACCUGCCGCCAGUUCGAGGAGCACAGCUGCAACCGCGGCGGCUACUGCAACUUCAUGCACGUCAAGCAGGUCGGCCGGGACCUGCGGUCGAAGCUGUUCGGCCACCUGCAUCGCUCCCACCGGAGCCACAGCCGGGGCAGCCGCAGCCCGAGCCCGUACCGCCGCCGCGGUAGCUCGUCCAGGUCCAGGGACCGCGACGAUGACCACGACUAUUACUACUACCACUACCGGAGCGGCAGUGGCAGCCGCAGGAGCAGCGAGAGACACCGCAGCCACGACAGCGACGGGAGCCGCCGUCGUCGCGGGCGGUCGAGGAGCCGGAGCAGGAGCCCGGUGAGGGAAGGCAGCGAGGAGAGGAGGGCAAAGAUUGAGCAGUGGAACCGCGAGCGGGAGGCAGCGCAGGUGUAA